AUUUUCUGACGCACCUACGCCGGUAGUGGUUAACAAAGUAAAGUACUUCUGCGCCUUGCAGUGUGUUGUCAUCUCUGGUCAAACUGGUUCUGUCCCAGUCCUCAGGAACGCCAUGGCCACUGAAAAAUGUUUCGCUAAAGGAAGCCCUGCACCUGACCCUGUUCCCAAAGGUCGGCUGCGUCUCUACAGCAUGAGAUUCUGCCCUUUUGCUCAAAGGACCAGAUUAGCGCUGAAUGCCAAAGGAAUCAAAUAUGACACCAUCAACAUCAAUUUGAAAGAGAAACCGGAGUGGUUUCUUGAAAAGAACCCUCUCGGUCUUGUGCCUGCGCUGGAGACAUCUGCUGGUGAAGUUAUAUACGAGUCUUCCAUCACCUGCGAGUAUCUGGAUGAAGCGUAUCCUGAGAAAAAGCUUCUUCCAUCCUCUCCUUUUGGAAAAGCCCAACAAAGAAUGCUGCUGGAGCAUUUUUCCAAGGUAAUACCUUACUUCUACAAGAUCCCUUCAGCAAAGAGGAAUGGAGAGGAUGUCUCUAAACAGGAAGUUGAGCUGAAAGAGAAAUUUGCUAAAUUGAAUGAGCACUUGGAGAAGAAAAAGACAAAGUUCUUUGAAGGUGACGCCAUCACAAUGAUCGACUACAUGAUGUGGCCAUUUUUUGAGAGGAUUGAGGUCUUGGAGCUGAAGCACUGCCUGGAUCACACUCCUGAGCUGAAGAAGUGGACUGAGCGCAUGCUGGAGGAUCCAGCUGUUAAAGCCACCAUGUUCAACAUAGACACCUACAAAGCCUUCUACAAGAGCGUUGCCGAGGGGAAACCCGACUAUGACCUUGGCCUGUAACACAAACAGCUGCUCAUCCGUCCAUUUAUAUUCAGUACCACAAAUCAGCUUUGUUAUCAAACUGUCCACUGAACGUUCUCUGUGCUUGAUAUGUUGGCUGUAUUUCUUGGAGAUAAUUGUCGCAACGUAAAAGAAUUUGUAUCCCUUUAACUGAAUGAGCUUCUGAUCAGCCAUGUCAAAAUUUUGCACUUUUUUAUAAAUAAAAAUUAUACAGUUUCA